AUGAAGGUGGAGUUGGUGGUUGUGGUAGGGAUGGCACUUGUGGAGGUGGUGGUAGUGACAGCAUGUUGUAAAGGUUUUGGAGGAGGUGGUGGUAGUGGUGGUGGUGGUGGUGGUAGUGGAGGUGAAGGUAGAGUUGGUGGUGGUGGUUGUGGUGGAGGUGAAGGUGGAGUUGGUGGUGGUGGAGGAGGAGGUGGUGUUGGUGGUGGUGGUGGCGAUGGCGGUGGUUGUGGAGGUAGUGAAUGUGGUGGUGUAAGUGGUGGAGUUGGAUGUGGAAGUGGAGGUGGUGUUAUUUUUUAA